GAGGAUGUAGAAGGGUGAGGGGGAGGUGCGAAGGAAGAGGCAGGAGGCGGCCUGGGAGGCGAAAGCCCAGGUCGCGAAGGGUGGAAGAAAGCUUGGCAUGCCACUCUCGGGGUGCUUGCUUCAGGCUGUUGACGGGCUGCUUGAGUUCCCACACAGUGGAGGGGUCGAAGGGGAGAUGGAAGCCCCCCAAGUAACAGCUUGACUCCCCAGGUAACAGCUUGACUCGGAACACCCACUUGCCGCGGACCACAUUAGCACGGGACGGGCGGAGGACAUCGAUGAAGGAGCAAUUGCGUAUGAAUGCCUGCAGUUCCCUUAUGAUGGCCUCAAGCCAGCGGGCUGCAUCAGGGCACGCCAUCGCCUCCUCGUAGGUGCCAGGUUUGAAGAUGGUUGGGGCGCCGGAGAAGACAAAGAUAAGGGUGCACGCGAUGCUGAAGGGGAUUGGCACGAGGAGCGGGUUAAGCAGAGUGAGUGGUCUGAUUGCAGCGCUGACCUUUGAGGGAGCCAUAGCGGAUGAGGUAUUGGCAUGGGGGAAGGGUUCCAGAGGGGGAGGAGGAGGGAGUGCCACGACCGCCACCACGUCCGCCUCCUCGGCCACCACCGCGUCCGUCAUUGCCGCGCCCUCCACCACGUCCGCCACCACGUCCUCCCCCAGUCUUGGCGGAAUUGACUCUGGUGGUGGUAUCGUUGAGGCCUGCCUCCGUCUCAAGGAUCCACUCGAUAACUCGGGCGGAUGUGAGUGGUUCACGGAGGGGAUUGGUGAAGGCAAUCUUGUGGGUGGCAUAGGCGGGGGUGAGGCCGUCCAGGAGGCGCCCGAGUCAUUGAUGGCGCCUCCUCGUUCGCUGAGGCGAUUGGCUGUGUCUGUGAGGCGGAGGGUGAAAGUGGCAGCAUUAGGGCAGGAUUCAAGGGUGAUAGCAUGAAAUUCGCAGUGCAGGUGAAGGAGGGAGCGCAGGUCCUGGCGGUCAUAAUCAUGAGUGAGCUGGUUCCAAAGGAGAGCAGCAUUCGAGGGACAGAGCGCACGCUUAAGAGAUUGAGGGAUUUUAUGUGAGCAACGCGCCAGCCAGCAAAUUGAGCGUUGUGCUCACUGGUAUCGGCAGCGCACCGAGCGGCGGCGGCUUCCUGAACCUGACGCAAAUUGGAGCUAGCCGUGUGUGCCGCAAGUGCAGCUUCGUAGGCCUCGUGCUGGACAACAUAUGCGUGAUGCUCCUGGGUGUAGGCGUUCAUGGUGCGCGCCCAUCGGUCCGGAUUGUCGAUGUAGGCCGGUAGACGCGACGCGACAGGAGCCGGACCUGAAUGGGGGCUAGGAGGGCUGAACCGGUGCUGUCGGCUCCCUUCCUUUCGGUUUGCCGAAGACGAUGUCGGAAAGGUAGUAACCGUUGAUGACGGUGGAGCUGAGGAGAGUGUGGAGGCUUUGUGCGAAAGAAUGCCAGUUGACCGGGGUGGUGCCGUCGCGAAGGUCAAGUCGGUCGAUGGAGCUCAUAUUGAUAAUGGGUGUAUCGGCCGCCAUGGUGAUCUCCGCAGAGAAGUGGCGAGGCUCAGACCCCUUUCCGAGGCCAAUCUGCCACAGCCGAGGCCAGCACUCUCCACUGCUGCCACUGCUGCUGCCACUUCUCCUGCCUCUGCUGUUCUAGAUGCCUCUCCGGCCUCUGCGGCUGCUCGUCGUUCAAUAACUGCCCCUAUGGAUGCUUCCAGCCGUGCACUCAUUGCUGCUUCUAUUGCUGCUGCUGCUGGCCCUGGUACUGCUGCUGCUUUUGCCCCUAGUCGUCGUGGGAGUGAGGCGUUUAUUGUUGCAAACGCAACACUCUCAGAUCCCAGUUGCAACUAAGUUUUAGGUAUGAAUAUGCGUGCAUUGAACCCCCUCUCAUUUUUUUGUCUGUGGCUUGCAUUGGAAUGUAGUGCUGUGGAAGUGCGGUGCACUUAAAGCAU